CACAUGGAACAGAACGCACACAAAUGUCCUUCAUAUCAUCUCUCUGUCCACGUCUCUUCUUCGCCCCCAAACCCAUCUUCAUUCGGCAUAAGACCAUCUUUGCUCGCUCUUUUGGCUACUCAUCCAUGUCUGACCUAACUGUUUCCGUAAAUCGGCCUACUUCUCAAAAUGCCCCUUUAAACGUUGAAAAUUAUCCUACACCACUGUCCCCUCCUUUUCCUUCCAUCUCAAAGGAGAUAGAGCUAGCCAGGGCGAUGUCUGCUUCUUCAAGAUCGAACCUUUUUGCUUUGUCCAAAAAUAAUGUAAUAUAUGAAGAUCAGUGGCUGGUUGCUGUCAAUAAACCUCAGGGAGUUUAUUGCGAGGCUUUGCUAGAGUCGGUCCCUCUUGUUAUUUGUGACUCGUCCACCUCAACUAAUCUAACCGAAGGGGCCAGUGAUACCCUGCCAGAGCUCCAUCUUGCUAAUCGACUUGAUCGUGAUACAAGUGGGGUAACAGUUAUAACCAAGUCACACAAAGUGGCUUCAAAGCUUGUAAAGGCAUUUACAGGUCACAAGGUUAAGAAAACGUAUAUUGCUUUCUGCACUGGUUCAGCUCCGACAUGGGAAAAGAUCACAGUUAAAUCUGGUCAUGGUCGGUCAAAGUUUGGAGCCUGGCGUAUAUAUGCUGUAUCAGAUGUAGGUCGGACACUACCUGGGGGGUCCAUAAUUAGGGACAUGGAAACUUCGUUUGAAGUAUUAUCAGUAAAUGGACAAAGGAGCUUCAAAGAGUUACCUGAAUUUAAGAAAGGUGAAAAUGUUAUAGUUGUUGAAGAAAAAGCUGAGAUAGAUGCUGCUGCAAAGAAGGAUGAGAUUUUGGUGAGAGCAUUUCCUCGGAGUGGAAGAACACAUCAAAUUCGAUUGCAUUGCCAGUAUCUUGGAAUUUCUAUUAGAGGGGAUGUGAAAUAUGAGGGUGUAUAUGAGUGGAAAGGUAGAAGAUUUGAUGCUCAUGAACUACAUGCAGAGAGCAUGUCCUUUGAACAUCCAGUUACUGGUCUGCCUGUCAUGUUAAGGGCACCUCUUCCUUUAUGGGCUACAGAUGUAUUGGAGCCAUUGUAACUUUAAAUUGUUAUCCUCUAUCAUUCUGGAAGCUGUGGCAUUGGAAUGUCAGCGGGCGAUGCAAUUAGAGGAUGUAUUGCUAUGUUUUAAUACUUCGAUGGACUAGCGAGGCAUUUAUGCACUGACAGGAUAUUGACUAGGCUUUUCUCCAUUAUAUAUAGAGACUGAAGACACUCAAAUACCGAUUCUUUGUUGGGGUUAACAGCAGCAAAUUGCUUUAACGAUGGAACUGUAAUGUGCAUGGCUGAACCGUAUGGGGCUGGAAGGUGGUGAAUUACCAAUAUCAGAAAGUCAGAAUCUGAUAGGAUAGAGUGGAAAUAUGUUGUAAUUAGCAGUAGGUUUGGCAUUUGAGCUAUAUAUGCCAGAUAUCCAAGCGUGUAAAGGGAAAGAAUGCGGUGGCAGCUUUAUCUUGAUGGCAUUUUUAAAUCAAUAACUGCAGUAUUAGUUUAUGUAAAAUGAAAAGGUAAACAGGUGAAUACUUUUUUGUGUAAUUUUUAAUAUUUGCAAGUGAGAGGUGGUUUUGAGGAUCAAGUCUUUACCUAAUAUAUUUGGAGACAAGAAAUCUCUAUUUCUUUGAUUA